AUGCCUGACCAUGACAGCUCAGCCUUAAGUAGACAGACCAAGCGACGCCGCGUCGACAUCGGGGUGAAAAGGACUGCCCGUGCCAGAGAUACCUUCCUAUUCAACGCCAUGAACCAAUCCCACGGCCAGGAGCAGGACAGAGACUGCUCAUUGGUCCCCCACAGCCACGGUGGAUCCAAUGGGGAUGGAGAGAAAUCAAAUGUCCUCCGGAAACUCCUGAAGCGGGCAAACUCGUAUGAAGAUGCUAUGAUGCCUUUUGCUGGCGCCACCAUCAUAUCUCAGCUGCUGAAGAGCAACAUUGGAAAAAAUGGAGGCAGUGAGGGAAACUUUCAGGGUAGUGGAGGUCUCUCCAGUGCCGGCUCAGAUCUCCAGGCGGAGGAUGCCUGCAGUAACUCGUCCAGAGACAGAGACAGCCCCCUGGCCCUCUCGCCCUCCCCACCCUCCCCCUGCCUCCCCCACUUCGGCCGACCCCCGCCUCCUCACCCCGCUUUCACCCCGCUGGACCUGGAGCGCCUCUCGGACGAGCACCUGCGCGCCAAACGGGCCCGGGUGGAGAACAUCAUCCGAGGGAUGAGUCAUUCCCCCUGCGUGGCGCCUCCUGCGCUCCGGCCCGGGGAGAGGGACAGGGACGGGGACAGAGAGGGGGGAGGUGAGAGGGGGAGAAGGGAGGACAGGGAGAGGGACUGCCCCCCGCUGCAACCUUCCAGCCCAGAGCCCCCGUCCCGAGGCGGAGGAGAGGGGUACCGGGUGAGCCGGGGGGAGGUGAGAGGGGAGGUGAGGGGGGAGGUGUACAGGGAGAACAAGAGGAAACAGCGUCUUCCUCAGCAUCAGCAGCAGGCCUUCACCCAGUUGGUCUGUGUCAGGCAGGAGCAGAGACAGGAGGAGCGACGGCAACUCAAACUGCAGUUAGAGGACAUGCAGAAGCAGCUUCGUCAGCUGCAGGAGAAGUUCUACCAGAUCUAUGACUCUGAGACAGAGGAGGAGGAGGAGAACAGAGACAACCAGAGGGAGGAGGAGAGAAGAGCAGGAGGGGAGGAAGAUGGGAACCUGUCCGAGGACAGCAUCCGCUCUGACGGUCUGGAGGACAGACACGGCGACCGCUGUGGCAACCAUAACCGUGCCGAUCGUAUCCAUGGUGACCUGUCAGAGUUGGUUGACGACCCGGGUCUGUUUCUCGACCGAGCCAGAGCCCUGCUCCAGGAACAGGUGCUGUUGGACCGGGAGAGGGAUGAAGAGGACGACAGGCAUGAGGGAGAGGGGCGAGGGAAGAGGGAUCCGGGCCUGGGGGAGAGGGUGGCAGGAGGCGGGUCGAUGCGAGCGGAGGGCAGGCAGCUGGCCGAGACUCUGAAACAGGAGCUGAACUCUGCAAUGUCCCAGGUGGUGGAUACCGUGGUUAAAGGGUUCAACCACCAAGCCCCCGGCCUUCAUCAUCCUCAUCCCCACCGCGGCUCCAAAAACACCACUUCCGCCAACCACCCCCCAUCGCAAGCAUCCUUCCCCCCGUUCCCCCACUCCCUGACCCCAGACUCUCGCUUCGGCGGCGUCAGCGUCAACAUGAAUGGCGACAGCCCCAACUUCCGAGCGACCAAUCAGAGGCUACCGUGUUUCGGCGACGUCAUCAUCCCGAGUCCGCUGGACUCGUUUGGGGGUCUAAGCGUUCCAACGGGAGGCGAUCAGACGGAAGCACUGCCUCUGGUCGUCAGGAAGACCAGCACCGAGCCACACCACCAGAGUCCCUCUCUACCCCCUCCUCAUCCCCAUCACCCCUCCCUCCAUCCCUCCCCCCUUUCCGCCUCCCUGAGGUUCUCCCCUCCCUCCUUCCGACACCCCUUUCCCCUCCCCCUCAUGGGCUACCCGUUCCAGAGUUUCCCUAAAGACCCCCGCUCCUCCCCCGAGUCUAUGGACCUCUCCAGGGAAACUGUGGGGCUGCGGACCAAAAUGGGGUCGGCCGGGGGCGUCCAUUUUGGCUCCCACCACCACCACAGGCAGAGCUCUCCGGCACAGCACAGUGCAGGGAGUGAGGGGCUUUCCCUGUCGCUCAUCAAGUCAGAGUGUGGAGACCUCCAGGACAUGACAGACAUAUCACCAUAUUCCGGGAGCACGAUCCAGGAGGGCUUGUCUCCAAACCAUCUAAAGAAAGCCAAGCUCAUGUUCUUCUACACCAGAUAUCCCUCCUCCAACAUGCUGAAGAUGUUCUUCUCAGACGUCAAGUUUAACCGCUGCAUCACAUCCCAGCUCAUCAAGUGGUUCAGUAACUUCCGGGAGUUCUACUACAUCCAGAUGGAGAAGUUUGCCCGCCAGGCCAUCAACGAAGGGGUGACCACCAACGAGGAGCUGUCUGUGGCCAGGGAGUCGGAGCUCUACAGGGCCCUCAACAUGCAUUACAACAAGGCCAACGACUUUGAGGUUCCGGAGCGUUUCCUGGAAGUGGCCCAAAUCACGCUGAGGGAGUUUUUCAAUGCGAUAGUGGCUGGUAAAGACGUGGACCCGUCCUGGAAGAAGGCUAUCUAUAAGGUGAUCUGCAAACUGGACAGUGAGGUCCCUGAGGUUUUCAAAUCACCUAACUGUCUGCAAGAGCUACUGCACGAAUAACAAGGAGCUGGGUGAUGUUUCGGGAUUGCAGUGAUCUUCCCACUGCACAUACAGGCUGUCCUUUGAGCACAAGAAUUUGAAAAGACAUUGUAAAAGGCAUAUUUUUUUAAUAUAUAUGGAAAAGAUGUUGAAAAGACGUUGAAAAUAUGUUGAAAAUACGUCUUUCAGUCAGUUUUGCUUGGUGAUUGCAAAAAACAAAAAAGGUCCAUACUCAAAAAGGUAAACAGAAGCAUUUUCUUUUCUUUUUUAAAUGGGCACAUGCACAGUUUUUAGUACAACACAGUCUAUUACAGUUUUUGUAAACACUGUUGUCUCCAAAUAUUUGGAGACACUGUUGAGCUCGUUGUGCGAAUCUGUGGCUUAACUGAAGAGAAACACAUUGUGACCAACAAACCUAAAGGACAGGAACAGUUGUGCAUCUUUGGACGAACAGAACACUUUCGAGAGUAUAUAUAAUUGUUGUUGCAGUUAUUUUGACUGAAAGGUCCUUUAGUCAGAAAAGAUGUCCCCUGCAUACAUCUCAUUGUACUCACAGACAAAUAUGCCACAAAAUAUUUUAACCCCCAUAAAAAAUACAUAAAAAAAAA